AUGACCGUCUCGUCUUCCCUCGAUUCCCUAGCUGUCUCAGAGAUCCGCAAACUCGUUGUCGACUGCUGCCGCCAGCACGGUGGUGGGCACGGCGGAUCUGCUGUAGGCAUGGCCCCUUUGGCCGUCGCUCUUUGGAGGCACGUCUUACGCUAUAACCCUCGUUCGCCUUCGUGGGCUGCACGCGACCGCUUCGUGCUCUCCAACGGCCACGCAGCUAUUCUACUCUACAGCGUUCUCCAUAUCGCCGGCUACGAGCAAUUUUCAAUGGAUCAGCUUCGCGGUUAUGGGCAUCCUAAGCCUUUUGGAUAUGAGACGCACUGCUUUGCUCAUCCAGAAAUCGAGUUUGACGGAGUGGAGAUCACCACCGGUCCUCUCGGACAGGGCAUCGCAAACGCUGUCGGUCUUGCCAUUGCUCAAAAGCAGUUAGCCGCUACCUAUGCAAGGCCCGCAUUCGAAAAUCUCGUCCCUUCUCGAAUAUUUUGUGCUUCAGGCGACGGCUGCCUGAUGGAAGGCGUUGCUCUUGAAGCUAUGGCGUUAGCUGGGAACUUUGGUCUCGACAACCUCAUUCUCCUCUACGACAACAAUGAAGUCACCUGUGACGGGCCUCUUUCUUGGAUCGUGACCGAAGGCACCAAUGCAAAAAUACGGGCAAUGGGCUGGCGAAUCAUUAACGUGUUUGAUGGUGACACAGAUGUGUCUGUCCUCGUCAACGCCAUCGAGAUCGCAAAGACCUACUCUGGCAAGCCGACCAUGAUAAACAUCCGCACAACUAUUGGCUUUGGUACCGAUAAAGCAGGCACAGCCGGUGCGCAUCAUGGCACAUUUUCUGAUGCAGACGUCGAGCGGUUGACGGAUGGCACCGAUCGUCCCACUCAUUACGUCCUACCUGCGGUGUAUGAAUACUUUUCUGAGGCCGGCCGGCGCGGUGCUGGAUUACAGCAAGAGUGGGAGCAUAUUAUUGACGAGUAUUCUGUGGCCUACCCAAAUGAAGCUCGUGAGCUCUGCUCCCGACUGUCUGGCAAACCGAUUGACUACAGAUCGCUUCUAGCAGAUAUCACGAUCCCGGAUACUAUUCAGGCUGCGCGCGAGAUCAAUGGGUACGUUUUCAGAGCCCUCUUCAACAAGGUUCCUUCCAUGUUUGCAGGUGGUGCGGAUCUUUGGGGCGCAAACAAGCUUGGAGCGGACCAUCAUGUGAUUUUCGGCCCAGGCAGUUACGAGGGUCGAAUCGCGCGCUACGGAAUUCGUGAGCAUGCGAUGGCAGCGAUAUCGAACGGGAUAUCGGCGUUUCAGCCGGGAGCAUUUAUCCCGAUAACUGCAACUUUUCUCAUGUUUUAUCUUUACGCGGCACCGGGGGUGCGCAUGGGUGCUCUAAAUAGUCUGCAAGUGAUCCACGUCGCUACGCAUGACUCGUUCCAAGAAGGCCAGAAUGGACCGACACACCAGCCGGUGGAACUGGACUCGCUUCUGCGGGCGAUGCCCAACUUUCUGUACAUGCGCCCAUCUUCGGCAGAAGAGAUUAUUGGAUGCUGGGAGGUUGCUCUGCGCGAACAAAAGACGAGCACGAUGAUCUCUGUCGCUCGUGAUCCCGCAGUUUAUCCCCCGCAGGGUACUUGCCGCGAAAAAACAUUGCUUGGUGGAUAUAUUUUGGAGGAGCGCGCCGACGCGGUGGUGACGUUAGUGUCACGCGGCUCGGCACUCGGCUAUGCUCAGGCCGCGGCAGAAACGCUCACUGCGGCACACAGGAUUGCGUGCCGCGUGGUGUCUAUUCCCUGCAUCAGCUUGUUUGAGGCCCAGUCGGAGCAGUAUAAACAGCGGGUUCUUGGAUCGGCCCGCAGGAUCGUCAGCGUCGAGGAAUACGUGCCGACAGUGUGGGCACGGUUGUGCACGGCGAGCAUUGGAAUGGAUAGCUUUGGGUACUCGGCGAGCGGACCGAACAACUACGGUCGGUUCGGGCUCGACGUGGAGGGCAUCGUAGGAAAGGUUUCCCGAUACGUUGCUGAGAGCGAGAUCAGGCACUGGCAGCAGUUGUGA